UUUUGUAAAAAAAAUUGGCUCAGCAGUCAGCAGUAGACAUUAAAUAUUAUUAUCUGUGGUCAGCAGGGAGACAGAUGUUUUUUAUUUUAGUUUUUACGAAUUUUCUUGUAAGUAGUGUUGUGUGUCUAAAUUUUCACUGAAAAGUCGUCAAGUAAAUAAAGUGAAACGUGGUAGUGGUGGACAAAAGAGUGAUUUUAAUUUUAAUUACAAACAUUUUGAUAAUGGAAUAUAAACUAUCAGAUGAUUUGAACACCACCCUGAGAGAAAGGGUGUUUUUUGCAGCAAGGGAUGGAAUGUCUCUAACCCUUUAUGCUUUAUUAUACGAGAAAAAUACAGACGAAAUAGAUGAUUUACUGAAUAAUGAUGUAUGCAGCGAUGGAGUAAAAUGUACACCGUUAAUAGCAGCCGCACGCCAUGGCAGAGAGGGUGCUGUCAGGAUACUGCUGGAGAAGUUCCGACCACCAGUCCGAUUGGAGACGGAAGGCACUGUCAAGUUUGAUGAAUAUGUAAUUGAAGGCGCAACAGCCCUAUGGUGCGCCGCUGGCGCCGGCCAUCUUGGCAUCGUCAAGCGUCUAGUCCGCGGUGGGGCUAACGUUAACCACGCUACCAAAACUUUAAGUACCCCCCUUAGAGCCGCCUGCUUCGAUGGAAGACUGGAUAUAGUGAAAUACCUGGUCAGGCAUGGCGCUGAUAUACACAAGGCGAAUAAGUAUAACAAUACGUGUUUGAUGAUCGCCGCGUAUAAAGGACAUUUCGAUGUGGUGCAGUUUCUAUUAGACAGCGGCGCGAGAGUGGACGAAAGGGCCCUAUGUGGUGCUACGGCGUUACAUUUCGCAGCGGAGUGUGGACAUGCUGAAGUAGUUUUGGCACUAAUAGAUCACAACGCUAAAAUACUCACAAAUGAGAAUGGUAUGACCCCACUACAAUGUGCGGCGGAACGCGCACGCGCAUCAGUUGUAGAGAUCCUGGCGGCGCGGCCGGAAGUGACUCGCGCGCAGGCUAUAGAGGCGUUUGAGCUUUUGGGAGCUUCGUUUGCUAAUGACAAGGAGUAUUAUUGUUUAAGAAUGGCGUACCAAUACCUGCACAGAGCAAUGGCGAUGCGCUACGACACGAGAUACGGACUGAUGUUGAAGAAGCCGGCUGAGCCUAUACCCGCUUAUGACAAUUGGAAGGAAAGCACUACCAUAGAGGAAGUAGAGCGGCUCCACGGCAACGCGCACGCGCUCCACAUGGAGGGGCUGACGGUCCGCGAGCGGGUGCUGGGCCGCGCGUGCCCCGACCUGCCGCACCCGGUGGUGUUCCGCGGCGCCGUGUUCGCGGACGAGGCGCGCUUCGACCGCUGCCUUGCUCUGUGGCGGCACGCGCUCGCCCUCAGGCAGAGCAACGAGGUGUCGGUUGUGAAAGAUCUGCUCAGAUUCGCUCAAGUGUUUUCACAAAUGAUACACAUCGGUAUUGAACUGCCACUUGUACAGGUAUGUUACGUGUUAGAAGCAUGCGCAGAAGAGCUGAGAAGAGGCACGAAAAGACUGGAGAAACCACAAGUCAACCACGAUCCGGACGCGCUAAUAACCUUGGUCCGCGGAAUGUUGUUGCAGGAGGAAUACGAGAGCAAUGUGCGGACGGCGCUUUAUUUGGUCGCAGUGGCUGCUAGACUAUUGGAGAAUGACGGGAAUAGUGAAGAAACAUGCAGAUCAGUUCGCCGCGCUGUGUUCAACCUAAGGAACGUGAGAUUGCGUUCUGGACAAACUAUUUUACAUUUGGCAGUCAACAGGCAAACCCCGGUCGAUGAUUUCCAUACGAGCGACGUGUGUCAGUUUCCUUGUAUGCGGACGACGCGGCUUUUACUGGAAUGCGGGCUGGAAGUGGACGCGUGGGACGAGAAGAGGCGGACGCCGCUCAUUGUAGCUCUAGUUUCUUGUUUUCAUUAUAGUUCUGAAGACAUGGAACCGUGGAAGGAGUCACUGUGCGGUGUUGUGUGCGAGUUGCUCUCCAACGGCGCACACGCAGACGCCGUGGACGCUGAGGGAGUCACACCGCUCUUGUUCUCUUGUGGAACGCCAGCCGAAAGCAUCGUGCAUUCAGCCUACCGACCACGUCUCACGUGUAUAGCGGCCUUGGCAUUGGCCAGGCACGGGGCCAAAUAUCACCCAUCACAGGUACCUCGGGAUCUUCACGCCUUUCUCACAAUGCACGGCGUCAUUGCAAUGCAGUAAACUGACGAAAAACGUCAUUUUGUAUUAAGACUAAUAACUAAGCUGAAUUAUCAUAUGAAAUAACCGCAUACCCAGACAAUUGACAAUUUUGACACUAAUUCAUAAUAAAAAAUAGUAGAAUUGAGAUCGCGAAAGAUCUUUAUUAUAUAAAAUGGCAAAGUGCAAUAGAAAUUUCAAGACAUUCAAUUUUGAAACGUAAUACAACGAAAUAUGGUUAAAUAUAGCGUGUAAUGUGCCCUGCCUAUUUGAAAUGAUCUCAAAACGAUGUUAUACCUACAACAAAAAUAAUUUAUAAAAUAUUUAACUUCAUCAAAAUAUGCUUACAAUUUGCUACAUGAUAAAAUAAUAUAUAUAGCAUAUUAUAAGGUCCCAUCAAAUAGAAGAUUAUGUAGUAACAAAAAAAUUUCCGACAUUUGUUCAGUAAUUUCAGAUCUAUUAGAUGCUAUUGAGCUCGAGUAUUACGUUAAAUCAAAAAAGGCCGAAAAAAAAUCAAGAAACGAAAAUGAAUUGACAUUUUUGGAAUAACUGGAUUAACUUUAAAUAUUCAUAGUAAAUAGAGAUGUAGAUUUGAAAUAUCACGCAAAUUAUAUAACUUAAAUAGAUGAAAUCAAUUAGAUAUAAAAAAUAUAUAAAUUGUAAAUAAAUUUGUAGUGAAGUAGUUUCUUCAUGUUAUGAAUAUUAGUGUCAAAUAAUUGAAAAGCCCUUGAACACAGGGUAUGCAUGUGUUCAAAUAAUGACUAUAUGUUAUGUAUAGAAGGCUCAAAUUAUAUUAAUAUAUGGAAAACGAAUUGUAGGAGAAGUCUGUUGUGAUAAUAAUAUAUAGAUCUAGUAUAUUUUUUAAUGUAAGGUUAAAUAGGAACAUUGGAUGCGCCUUUGAAGUGGGAUAUUGAAAAUUAUUAUCAAAUAUUUGAAAAUAAUGGAUUUCUAAAUGCUGCUGACAUUUCUGUCUUUAUUAACCAGAUAGGCUGAAACAGGACGAGUGUAGAGAUAUUAUUCGCUGAUUUGUGCAAAACUACACUAUCAUUAUCCAGGAAAUUAAGUGACUUGGAAUAAAAAAUAUAUAAUAUAAAAAAAAAUUAUAAGAGUCAGAUUGAUCUGUGAAUCUCGUAUAUAAUUGAUCGCAUACAAAAAUAAAUCGAAAUUGAAAAAAAGGUCUUUCUAAUUGACCUGACUUCGGUUCUAUACGAUGGAUACAUUUUAGUGGCAAACUAUCUAAAUAUUUUGAGAAUUAGCCACGAAUUAGAACUGAUAUGAAGAACACACCGAGUAAGACAGUAAGAGGCUUCAUGCGGUUUGGUAUUGAUACCAAAAGUAGAUAUUUGUGAUAUCAGUUUCAACAGUACAGGUACUAAUAUGUACGAGUAGUACUGUUGCCAUAUUUACGCCACUGGUUCCCAAAAAUUAUGGUAUGUCAAAAAUAUUACUAUCUUAAACCGUGUUUCUCAGAUAUAUAGUAAUUAAACGGAAAAGAUAUGUAUAGAAGUAUUACAGAUCUGUACUAGAUAAAAACAUCCAGCAUUAGCCUUGUAACAUAAUGAUAUAGGCGUCCCUGUAGAUUUAAUGACACUGCUAUAGGCACGUUACGCACAAUUUUUAUAGGAAACGAUAAAUAUUAUUGUUUCCUCGAAUGGGUUCUAACUAACAUAAAAAUUAGUUUAGGAAAAAUAUCUGUGAAAUAUUGAAAUGUUUAAACUUUAAAGUUAAAAUAUAAAUUUUUUAAUCUGCGAUGUUGCAUAUCUUUACGCAGUUUUAACAAGAUACAAAAAGGAAUUACAGGUUACAAUUCUUUUUUGCGACAUUAUAUUUAUCCAAAUCUUUGGCGCUGGCUUAAUUGUGUAUAUUUUUUUACUUAACACUGCCUCUUAUUUAAAACUCGCAAUCCGUUGGGCCUAUAUAAUUAUUCAAAUUUAUUACCUGGAUAACAAUAUACAUUUUUGACUUGGUAGCUGAAUUCAUAAUGGAUUAUUUGAACUAACAACUUCUUGUAAAUUUAUAUGAUUUAGAAGAAAAUACUAUUUGGAUAUUAUUUCUUGUUGGAGAAAGAAACACUGCGUUUAAUAAUAAUAUGGUCAUUAAACAUUUAAAUAAAAUUACUAGAAAUACCGUUAGAGCAACACUGGCUUUUGCUUAUACAAUCAGGAUAAAUUUUACGAUAAAUGUUUAGUAAAAGAAAAAAAAUUAAUCAUCCUUUUGCAUACACUACAAAUGUUACAAUCAAUAAACUUAAAUCACAGUAAAGUAAGAACUGUUUACGCCCUAAUAAAUUUAUUAAAUCAGAUUAGAUAGAAAAGUUCUCAAAAUCUAUUCAUAAUAGGUUGAAUUAUUGGACUGAAAAUGCUAACAUUAUAAGGUCAUUAAAUUUGAAAGCCAUAUCAUUUAUAUUGUAAAUCAUUUGCUAGAAACUUAGGGAAUUAAAAUUCUAGUCAAAGGCUUAUUUGUCUAUCGAUUUGUAAAUAAUGUUAAUUUAAGUUCCUUAUUUUAAUACUAUCAAACUUGGUUAUCGUAUAGCUAUGCUGAUAUUUUUUCAUAUACAUAUAAUUGAUAGCUAUGAGAAUAAAUAUUUUUUAUUUGAAAAGGAUUUUUAUAUGUAAUCUUAAUAUCUCUCCUCUCGUCCUUGUGAUAACGCAUCUGUUUUAUUAUAAUGCUGGUGCCACCCCUAAAAUAUAAAUUUACUCAUCUUAAUAUAUUAACAAGUUUUUACGCGGCAAUUUACCUUGAUUCUCACCAUAAAAAAAUAAAGAAAAGAGAUACUAUAUUUAAGGCGGUGUAGCUCCAGUAUUACUGAAAGCACGCUCAUUGGUCAAACAAUAUGGCAGCGCGAUUUUAUUUCACCAAUGAGCACGCGUUUAACAUUUUGUUACAUUACAUCAUUAAUAAGCAACUAUUAUGAUUUACUCUUGAUUUUUGUAACUUAGUAGUUGCAAGGGCGAGUAGGAUGAAGUUAUGCUGUCUGUACUUAUCCAAAAUGUACCUGGUUAACGUACAACCAUACAAACAAUAUUUUAGUCUAAUGUUAUAUUUUUCUACUAAAAUUAUCUACUUUGUUAAUUACUAAAUUGUUUUGAUUUGAUUUACAUUUUGUUGUCAUAUUAUUUUUUACGCCUAAUCUAUGUUUUUUAAAGUUCACCUAGGUGCACUCAAGGUCAAUGCAGGUUUCCUUAGUCUACCUAGGUGAACUCGUUGGGUCAGAAAGGAAAUGUAGAACUGCCGCUUUCUCUAUGAUGCCAAUAUUUUCUCAAUAAACAAGUGUGCCAAAUUGUAAUGCAAAUUUUAUGUGCCUUUUUUUUAAUGAUUUUGCUGUGUAAAUUAUCGGGAUCAAGAAAAAUAAAUACUUAUUUUAAUGCCUGAUUAACCUUGAUAAUGCAAUUUAACGUUCCCUAAAAAGGUUACAGAUGAAAUUCAAUAUUUUUUUUUAAAUUAGCAUUUUAACUCUGCUUCUCUUUUCAGCAUUAAAUACAUAGAAUAUAAUAGUAGUCAUACAUAUAAUAAUGUAGACAUAAAGAGAAAAAAUAGAAACAAAAAUAUUAAGCAAUAAGCGUCUAAAAUAUAUAUUUUUUUUUGAAAACUAAAUUGACCAUAUAUUGAGCUUUUAAAGUUGGUUCGUAAAUUGUUCCAAAAGCUUAAUUAAAAUAUGUUCGUGUCCUGAUAAUAGGUUUCUGUAAAAUAUUAUAAAAACACAUACAUAUUUUCAUGAAAGAUAUCUUUGAAGAAAAAUGUGAUUUAUUAUUUUAAUCCUGUCAUUAUGAUGUGUAAAUAAAUAAAUAUAUUAACUAUCUGUCCGAAUAUAUUAUAGCCAUAUUUUUUUGUCAAACAAUCGAC